GCGAAGCUCAGUAUUGGCGGGUGGACCGGUGAGCGUUAGUCACCAGCGUGCGCCCUCUCCGUCCGCGACACGAAAUAGUGCCCUAAUUGAGCGGUCUGUGUGGUUGUGUCUUCCGGAUUUGACGCAGACCUUGUUUUAUUUAACCUUUUUAACGCUCGGGCACGCACAGGACGCACGGACGCGGUACCGCCACCACCUGCCGAGACAGUUUGAACUUUCCGACCCAAACGAAGUUCAAAAGGGAGUGCAUGAAUACAUAGUUUUCAGAAAGCAUAUGGCCGAUAGCCGGUUAGUGGUAGAUCAUUGUAGAAAUUUCGUAGAAAUCUAAUAACAGCGAAAAUGAAUCCCGACGCAACACUUCAUCUGACCCAAAUAUUGGAGAAGACGGUCUCUGCUGAUAAAGAUGAGCGAGAACAAGCAGAACAGUUUUUGCAUGGGGCAGCGGCAACAAACCUGCCGGAGUUUGUUAAAUCCCUUUCCGAAAUUCUGCACCAUGGAGGCAAUAGUCAAGUGGCACGUAUGGCCGCCGGUCUUCACUUCAAAAAUACCCUCACAUCAAAAGUGCAGGAACUCAAAGAAGAACAUCAAAAGCGCUGGCUGGCUUUCCCAGAGGAUAUUCGAACAUAUGUGAAAAACAAUGUUGUUGGUGCUCUUGGCACUGAAAAUAACCGCCCCAGUUCAGCUGCUCAGUGUGUGGCCUACAUUGCUGUUGCUGAAUUGCCAUCUGGUCAAUGGAAAGAAUUAAUACCCUUGUUGGUUCAAAAUGUUAUUGGAGGCACUAGCACGGAAAUGAUGAAAGAGGCCACUUUGGAGGCAAUUGGUUACAUUUGUCAAGAAAUUGAGCAUGAUGUUUUGGUAGAGCAAUCUAAUAUGAUUUUAACUGCUAUCAUUCAUGGCAUGAGGUCCAAUGAGCCCAGCAAUCAUGUCCGUCUUGCUGCUACAACAGCUCUCCAUAACUCAUUGGAGUUCACUCGGGCUAACUUUGACAAAGAAUCGGAGCGUAACUACAUCAUGGAAGUGGUUUGUGAAGCAACUCAGUCAACAGAUAUUCAAGUUAGAGUUGCAGCCUUGCAGUGUUUAGUCAAAAUUAUGUCCCUUUACUACCAAUAUAUGGAACCUUACAUGGGCCGAGCCCUAUUUCCUAUUACUCUUGAAGCAAUGAAAUGUGAUAAUGAUGAAGUAGCAUUGCAAGGCAUUGAAUUUUGGUCGAACGUUAGUGAUGAAGAGGUUGAUUUGGCCAUUGAAGACAGUGAAGCAGUAGAAGCAGGCCGACCUCCUACCCGCUGUUCUAAGUUCUAUGCUAAAGGAGCUCUGCAGUUCCUGUGUCCUGUGCUCAUGCAGAAACUUACCAAACAGGAAGAGUUUGAUGAUGAAGAUGAUUGGAACCCCAGCAAAGCAGCAGGUGUGUGCUUGAUGCUUCUUGCCACAUGCUGUGAGGAUGAUAUUGUCCCUCAUGUUUUGCCAUUUGUGAGGGAGAACAUUUCAAGUGAAGACUGGCGCUUCCGAGAUGCUGCUCUUAUGGCUUAUGGCUCAAUUCUUGGUGGACUGGAUCCAUCAAACCUGAAGCCACUGGUAGAGCAAGCUAUGCCCACCCUCAUAAAGUUGAUGUAUGACAGCAGUGUUGUUGUGAGGGACACCGCUGCCUGGACGUUUGGCCGAGUUUGUGAGAUUAUUCCAGAUGCUGCCAUCAAUGAGACUUACCUAAAGCCUCUUUUGGAAGCUUUUGUUAAUGGUCUCAAAGCAGAGCCUAGAGUUGCUGCUAAUGUGUGUUGGGCUUUCACUGGCUUGGCAGAGGCUGCUUAUGAAGCUGCUGAUGGAUCGGAUGAACCCAACCCGGAAACCUACUGUUUGUCUCAGUACUUCGAAUUUAUUGUCCAACAGUUGUUAGAGACUACUGAUCGACCAGAUGGUGCUCAGGCCAAUUUGCGAUCUGCUGCAUAUGAAGCACUUAUGGAGAUGGUUAAGAACUCGCCUAAGGACUGUUAUGUUACUGUUCAGAAGACAACCAUGGUUAUUCUGGAGCGUUUGAACCAAGUCCUUCAAAUGGAAUCUCACAUACAGACCCAUGAUAGAGCUCAGUACAACGACCUUCAAAGUUUACUUUGUGCUACCCUUCAGAGUGUUCUGCGUAAAGUGUCACCCAAAGAUGCUCCUCAGAUUUCUGAUGCCAUUAUGACAGCACUGCUCCAGAUGUUUGCAUCCAACACAUGCAGAUCUGGGGGAGUGCAAGAAGAUGCUCUCAUGGCUGUAUCCACACUGGUUGAAGUUCUCGGUGAAGGAUUCCUUAAAUACAUGGAUGCCUUCAAGCAUUACCUGUGCAUGGGUCUCAAAAACCACCAAGAACACCAGGUGUGUGGAGCUGCUGUUGGCCUAACUGGAGAUAUUUGCCGGGCUUUGAAAGGAAAAGUUUUACCAUAUUGUGAUGAAAUCAUGAUGCUUCUUUUGGAAAACCUUGGGAACAACAAUGUCCAUCGGUCUGUUAAGCCUCAAAUCCUUUCUGUUUUUGGAGAUGUUGCUUUGAGCAUUGGCCCCGAGUUUAAGAAAUAUUUAGAAGUAGUUCUCAAAACACUUUCUCAGGCAUCUCAAGCAACAGUUGACACCUCUGAUUAUGAUUUGGUGGAGUGGCUGAAUGAGCUUCGAGAAGGAGUACUUGAAGCUUACACUGGCAUCAUUCAAGGGCUCAAAGGAGACUUGGAAACUCCCGCACCUGAUGUUUUAAUUCUGGAACCCACUGUUCCAUUCAUUGUUGAAUUCAUUGUAGUUGUAGCUCAAGAUAAUCAACACUCAGAUAGUUGUAUUGCAUCAUGUGCUGGUCUUGUAGGUGACUUGUGCAACGCAUUUGGGGUCAAAAUUCUUCACCUUCUAGAUGUUGAGCCAAUAAAUGAGCUGCUUACCACAGCUCGCAGAUCCAAGGUGACCAAGACUAAGACUCUUGCGUCUUGGGCUACCAAGGAAAUCCGCAAGUUCAGGGCUGCUGCUGCUGCUAGCUGAUGCAUCGUAGGUCGUAGUAACGAGCCAGAAGACAAUGGGGCAAAAUCACUUUCUCUCAUUCAUUAUAAUCCUCUUUUUGGUUGACCUUUACUGCAACCCCUCCAUGCUCUGAAGUCUCGUCUGGGUGAAUGAACGUGUCCGUGAGAGUUGGUGCUUCAUAGCAACAGUGUGUACAGUGACUACAAGAAGUAAAGUGUAGUGUGACUGAGGUGUGCAAGGCUGAGGGACGCACUUGUAAGUGUGCAUGCGUGAGUGAAUUUAGUGGACUCAAGACUAAGGACUGCAAGACUUUACUUGAAGACUGUGGCUUUUUUUCUUUUUUUUUAACUUGAAGAAAUUUUCCAAAAAAAAACAAGACAUUUCUUCAAAAAUUGACAAUAUGUGUGUGUUUGAAUGUGAGAACUUUCUUUAAACGCCUUAAUUGGCACCAAACAGGUUAAGUUAAAUGUUAUGCAAUUUCAUCUCAGGAAAUAUAGUGUUAAGAUGGCAACACCCAGCCAGUAAAAGGUGCAGGGGAAAUUGCAAUGUUGCUAUGCAACUCACAUAUCUGCUGGUCAUUUUUGUUACCAUGCUUCAAUUUAGUGCUGUGGACUACAUUCCCCUUUCCUCUGUCCCUGUGAGGUUCUAAACUGUAGAUGUUUCUCCCAGCAGUACUGAAUUUGAAAAUGAGCAUUCUGUUGCAGAACUGAGAUUUGAAACUGCAAUGUUUGUUUUAUCCUUGGGUAUCACCGUUAUUUAUAGCUGUUAAGAUGUUAUUUUACAAUAUCUCAAAACUUUAAUGUCUGUUACUCAUUGACUUCCUAGAUGAAUUCGUCUUCUUUGAGAAGAUGAAGUGUACCAUGUUUGUCAGUUCAGCUCAAAUCAGUACUUCCAAUGUUCCUUUGCCAGUAUUGUAACAAACAUAAUCAUGUUCAAUUUUUCUCUUCCUGGUGAAGUGCUUGCAUGGCUAUCCAUCAAAAUUAAGCCUCAAGAUUUAAAAAAAAAUAAUUGAAGCUGGGGUUAUUUUCAUCCACUAGGACCCUUUUUUAUUGUUUGUUUUUCCCGUUUUUCUAUCUUUAUUUGCACAACAUAAAUUUCGUUUUGUUUUUGACAGAACUGGAGUUAAUUGUGAAUGUGUGUGCUACUGUAAUGAAUGUGGUGAAUAGUCCUAAGCUACAAAUUACCAUUCCUGUGGUGGUGACAGCUGGCAGGCAGCUGCUGACAGUUGCACUGUGAAACUUGUUGACUUAACCCUGACAUACCUGUAAGAGUAGAAAGUGUAGUAGAAAAGUAACUGUGAUUUGGAGGUGUCUGAGCGCCUUUUGGCACAAAAUUCUCAAAUUUUGAAAUGCCUUGACUGAUAUUUCGGUCCAGAUAAAACUUGGGAACCGAGUUCCUAUUUUAAAUGGAUAAUUGUAAACAGCUUGCGGGGCGGGCUCUUCAAGCUGGGUUUAACUUGCUCAGACGCCUCCAUUAUACCUGACUGUGUGAUAACAUGCGUCCCUUGUAUAUGUGUGAGAGAUUCAUGCUGGUGGAAGUGUCCAGGAGAUCUUCUAAAGGCAUGCUUGUUUGCAUUGUAUCAAUGGAAAACUCUGUAUGAGUGAUUUUUGUAUGAUUGAGUGUGUGUAUGUGUUUGUGUGCAUGAGCAAUAAAUGAGUCUUCGAAUGAGUCUAUUUUUUCUUUGUGUGAAUGAACGCCAUACUUGUGUGAUUGGUUUUUUAUGUUUAAAGUGUUAUACACUUCAGUCUUCUCAUGUGUUAAUGAAGAACAUUUUGAUUCUUGAUGAACUAAGUGAAGUUUUUGAGAGCAUGUUAUUUUUUUAAACUGAUUUGAGUGAGAGGUAUUUCUUGUGUGCCAUGACUGAGAGUUGAUCAAAAUGGUAUGCCUGCCCGUCCCUUCUCAUUUUUAGAAAAGGAAACUCUGUUUCUCCCUUUACUUUCCACAUAUUCUCUGAUUUGUACGUAGGUGCGAAUUAACAGUAGAUGUCCUCAGUUUUAUCCCAUUUAUGCAUUUUGUUCAGUUUUGGGCAAAUGAAAUUUCCAGUGACUAUUACCAAAGUGCUGAGGGCUGUGGCACAAGGAUAGAUAUCAGGAUCUGUUCUGUACCCUAUUCAUUAAAAUUAUAAUCAAAACUUUAA